CCUUCAACUCCUCCACCCUCCCUCUGGACCAAGUGACUCUCUCUCUCUCUCUCUCUCUCUGGGGUUGUUAGUGGAUAGCCGUCGCCAUUAAUGGCGACGAAUUGGCUCAAAUCCCUCAGCUGCAAUUCUAACGCCGUCGCCGACGGCGUCACAAACCCCAAACCCGUCUCCAAGAAGGCCAAGAAUCCACACCCCUUCGCCGCCUGCCGCCGCUCCGACUCCGUCAGAGACGUGCUCUCUCCCUUCCCAAAAUAUACCUCCUCACCUCUUCCCAAAAUACCCUCCCUAAAGGAACCCAAACCCAAAUCUAAAUCUAGACCUUGUCCGCCGGUGGCGGCGGCGGCGUCCGCGGUGAGGGAGGUGGCGCCGCCGGCCAAUUCGUUCCCGGCGUUGUCGGAGCUGCCGGAGGGCCACUCCUCUCGGCGGGUGGUGGAGAUCAUCUUCCGGUCGAGCUGGGGGAGGCCGCCGUUCGCCGGCGAGAUCGAGAUGCUCUUCCGGGUCCAGCACCCGCCAAAGGCCGCCGCGCGCUUCGAGGAGUACCGCUCCGCCGUCCGCUCCCGCCCCGCCGCCUCCGGCGCAGCCCGCUGCGCCGCCGACGGCAACGAGAUGAUGCGCUUCCACUGCGCCCCCUCCUCCGCUUCCGCCGGCGGCGGCGAGGUCUACGACGCGGCGGCCUUGGGGAAGGCGGGGGAGGGGAUCCGGACCUUCGACGGGAGCGGCGGGGCCCACGCGAGCGGGGGCGGUGGGGCCGGUCGUGGGGCGAUGCUUCUCUGCCGGGUCAUCGCGGGCCGGGUGCGGACCGGGUCCGAACAGGGGUCGGAGACCCCGACCGGGUUCGACUCGCUACUGGUCGGGAAGGGAGAGCUACUGGUGUUCGACCCCCGGGCGGUGCUCCCUUGCUUCUUAAUCAUCUACAAAAUAUAAUUAUAUACUCUUUCUUUCUGCAUUUUGUUAGUUGUUGAUCCAAUUUUAUUUAUUUUAUUUUUAUGUUUCUACAAAUGCUUUUAAUGUGAGACGAAAUUUUGUUUUCGUUUUUCUUUUUCUUCCAAUAUACCAUCUGGAUUCGCAAAUGAUGUAAUAUAAUUUUAUUCAAAUACUCGAGUUAAGCA